UUUCUCCCCUUCUCUCCCUCUGACCUUGUCCUUUUCCUAACAACCCGCCUCAAAUUCGAGAGAGGAACCCUAUUUUUUGCGCCGGGUGUUACAGCUACAUCAACCUGUCCCCUUAAAUGUUUUUUGUGGCCAAAGAUUCAUAACCUGUUAUUUCAAUUUCCAACUAACUAGGAUUUCGAAUACUGGUGUACCCUUUUUAUUAUAAUAGCUUUCUUUUCCUGACGCAAGUCUGCAUAACUUUUCAUUACCUACCUCUUUUAAUACUACCCUCAUUUGAAUCUGAUCGCUCGUCGCGGUUUCAAUCGACGCGAGGCUCUAUCGCAUACCUUAAUUUCGGUCGCGUCUUAUCCAACAGGCCCCAAAAAUGGCUGCUUCGAGACGUCUUCCUAACAAACAUAAUCCUCUUAUGACUGAGGAUAUUCCUCCUUAUUAUGAGCUCGUUUCACGUCGACGCUUGGGCCAGACCCAAUUGACCGCGAAGAUGGUUGCAGCCGGCACCGCGGGAGAUAUCGACCCUACUAGUCUUGGGGUCUUCGACUAUGCGCAUCUGCGGGCUCCCUUGCCGAAGGGUAUCAUCUCGGGCAUCUUCAAGUCUUCUCCGAACUCGUAUUUCCUCAUGCGCCGCAGUCAGGAUGGAUUCGUCUCUGCCACUGGCAUGUUCAAGGCGACUUUCCCCUAUGCUGAGGCCAUAGAAGAAGAGAUGGAGCGCAAAUUCAUCAAGUCGCUACCCACGACGAGCCACGAGGAGACUGCUGGGAAUGUUUGGAUCCCUCCCGAGCAAGCCUUGGCUCUUGCCGAGGAGUAUCGAAUCACUCCUUGGAUCUGUGCGCUCCUGGACCCGGCUGAAAUCGCUAUUACGAGUGCGCCUGACAGCCCUCCCAAGAAGAUCGCCGCACCACCAAAAUUCGAAGCUCCUUUACCAGCCCAGCCUCUCCUUGCACCGCCAACUCCAUCAUCACUUCCCCGUAGCACGCGCAGCCGUCGCUCAGCCAGCCCCUCAAAGAAACGAGCUGUCGCAUCUCCGCGAAAGCGGGCUACGAAGGCCUCUACUCCUCAGUUACCUACCGAAAUUCCGUCCUUGAAAGAAGAAGCUAAGCCCAUUACGAACGGUUCGAAGACGGAUGAGGACGCCGAGUCCAUUGCUGCCACCGAGGAAGUAUCUAUUAAGACCAUCGAAAAGGAACCAGCUAUUGUCUUCGCGCCUGCCGAGGAAGAAGCCAAGGUGCAAAUCAAGGUUGGCCAGGAAGUUGAAUUCCAUGGUGGUGUCGAAACAACACAAACUGCCGUCGAGGUGGAAAUUCCCCUCAGUGGAGAACCUGAUGUCGAAGAGGCUACUCGAAUGAUCGAAGAGGCGAAGGAGAUGGUGAGGAUCGCUGCUGCUGAGACUGCAGCGUCAUCUGGUUCCAACAGCAAUAAGAGCAAACGAAAGGCUGACGAGAUCGCUGUCGAUGACGACGAGGAGGAACAAGAAGAAGAAGAAGAAGCCGAAGAAUCAGAGGAGCCGAGGUCUAAGAAAGUGAAGACGGAGGUGCAGUUGAGAAAGGAGCGCGUCAGGAACCGGGCGCUCGUCGGUCUUAGCGCGACCCUCGCAGUUGGUGCCCUAAUCCCGUACGUCAUGGGCGUAUUCUAGCCUAGUACUACCCUCGCACGUUCAGCUCCAGGCCCUACAGUUGUUUAGUCUUUUAGUAUCCCCUCAUAUCGUCCUCACGAUCCCGUAUCAUCUGGAUUAUUUUACUGGGUUUUGUUGGUGGGGAAGCCCGGUUACUUGUUUGUUAUUUUUGCACAUACCCCUCGUACAGUUGGUCAGAACCGGUUGUUCAGAUUCUGAUUUCGCGUAGCUAUAUGCAAUGGCUCAUGUAUACAUCACAUCCCCUUUUGGCGGUCUCUCAGGAAAGGGGAGAUGGCUCUGCUCCUACACUACAGGUCCCGAGAACUUCAUAA